GUAAACACUCGCACCUGAACCCGAAGCCCCUGCGCACAGUGACAGAGCAAACAGUAAAGAGUAAGGGUUUUGCAGUUGACUGGAGUAUGUGUACGCUUGCAUCAUUGUGCUUGAGUCUAGCUUUUAGGAAAUCUGGGGAAUAAUUGGGACUUUGGACAGAACUGUGACGAAUGAUCAGUUUGUUUCAUGCAUGUUGUUCAACUAUACUAUCAGGGGCAGGUUGUCUUGUUACCAAGAGGCCAUCUUGCGGGUACUUUUAUCCUUCAUGGAAAACAAGCUUCCAACAUUCAGGUGUUAAAACAGUAAACUUGGAAUUGUUGCUGACAAGAUAUCAAGUUCAGUACUAUUCUUCAAAAAAGUCUGGUGGAGGGACUUCUCGUAAGACGAAACGUGAUCCUAAAGCACCAAUGAAGGAAGAAAAGGAAUCGUUUUUUGUUGUUCGCAAGGGUGACCUUAUCGGUGUUUACAAAAGCUUAAGUGAUUGUCAGGCUCAAGUUGGAACCUCGAUUCGUGAUCCUCCUGCUAGUGUGUACAAAGGUUGCUCCAUGCCAAAGGACACAGAGAAGUAUCUUCUAUCUUGUGGGCUUAAAAAUGCUCUAUACUGCAUCAGAGCUUCUGAUGUAACUGGAGAACUUUUUGGUAAUCUUGAGGCAUGUCCUUUGCAGCAGCCGUCUUCUUCUAGAGGUGAAACAUCUAAUGAGCCCAUUGCAAAGAAGAGGUCACAGGGAGCUUCAUUGUCAGAUAGUGGGCGAUCCUGUACUCUUGAGUUUGAUGGUGCUUCAAAAGGAAAUCCUGGACAAGCAGGAGCAGGAGCUAUAGUACGGUCUGAUGAUGGAAGUUCGAUUUGUAGGUUGCGUGAAGGGCUAGGAAUAGCGACCAAUAAUGUUGCUGAAUACCGUGGCUUUAUAUUAGGAUUGAAAUAUGCACUUGGAAAAGGUUUUACAGACGUUCGAGUUCGAGGUGACUCUAAACUUGUUUGCAUGCAGAUUCAAGGUCUGUGGAAGGUUAAAAACCAAAACAUCUUCACCUUGUAUGAGGAGGCAAAGAAAUUGAAGGAUAUGUUUCUUUCAUUCCAAAUUAUUCACAUUCUGAGGGACUUAAACUCCGAGGCUGAUGCUCAGGCUAACUUGGCCGUCAAUCUUUCUGACUCAUGAGUUCGGUCACUGUGAAGACACAUGAAGUAUAUACAUUGACACAUUGUAGCUCGUUUUUGCAAAGUCCAUGUUUGUCCUUGAGGCUUAUUUCUCUGGUGGAUGAAACAGUUUUGCAAUUUUUGAACAUGUAAUAUCUUCACCGUGGCUGUAAAGUUGCAUAGGCCGUUGAAUUGAAGUUCUGUCGACGUUCAAGGUAUCAAAAAUAUCCAGCCAAUACAGCGUAGUUCCUCAAGGGGAAUAGUCUGUUUUUUCUUUUUUUUAAGAGAACUUAUAUCGACUUUAGCUGGCUAAAUAGCCAUUAAGCAUAUCAAUCAAGCAUGGACCACAAAAUUAAUGUA